AUGAGACCCGGGCUGUGUCCGAAGCAUGGACGCAUCUGUCAUUGUGAUGGGACCUGGCGUCUUGUGAUCAUUACAGUUUAUUAUCUGGUGCUGAGUGUACCGUUGUCGUGUGCGGCCUUUCGUGUGUGGGGUCGGGGGCAGGUUCCAGCUUCCGGGCACCUGUCACUGCGAUCACCACAGCGCUCACGCCUUUGCAACGCAACUCCAACAUGGUCAGUCGUUCCCGAUGGCAAGGCUCGCAAGGAACGCCGCUGGCGUUUUAAGCCACUUUCCAGGCUUACUGAACCAGAACGAGGCAGUUCAACUUGCCCAUCACGCAGGGUUCUUUGUGCGUCACCCGACUGCCAGACCUCCACUGUACCUCCUGCACGCGAAGGCAACGCCACCGAGAAUUUGAAACCGGACCAGUACCGACCGUCCGAGGGAGAGGUCGUGCUCGUUCAGAUCCAGUUUAUUGUUGACACAGGAGAAGGUUUUGGCUCAAUUCGCCACGUCGGUAACAGGUGCAAAAACUCGAGUUGCAGGCAGCCUCUCAAUAAAGAAGAUUUUGACUCGCCGUCAACAAGCCCUCCGAGGAGUGGUCCGAAGUCAGCGAACUUGGCAGCGACCUUUGCUAGUGCUGAACCCCUGGAAGAGCCCCCCACAUCGACUGGGGCUGAUCCUGUCGAUAUCCGAAAGGGUCUUCUCCACUUGUGCGGAGAGCAUCGGUGGCCGGUUUUUGUUCCCUUCUCAAUCCCUGGCGAAUACGUCUGGGUGCGCGUCCACAAGACGCUUGCGCACCACAGCAUUGGCUUCAUCGUCGCUUACGUGAACGCGCCUUCUUCCCACCGGCUGACAUCUCCGUGUCCCUACUUUGGAGUGUGUAGUGGAUGCCAGUAUCAGCAUAUGCCUCUUUCAAUGCAGCAUGAGGUAAAACGGGGGCAUGUUCGCGGUGUCCUCAGCCGCCUAGCCGGUUUGCCUGAAAGUGUACCCGUAAAUGCGGUUCUGUCUAACAACGAGGGCGGAGGAUACCACUACCGAUCGAAGAUUACCCCGCAUUACACGUUUCACCGCGAGGGCAGCAUUCCGUCGGUGGGCUACAACGACGUGCGGUCUCCGAGACGAGUUCUCGAAAUCGAGUCGUGUAAACUGGCCUUGCGGUCGAUCAACGAAAAGCUUGUGGAGGUCCGCAAGCAGGUGGCUGAACAAGCUCAAACUGUGACUCCCGGGACAACAAAAUCGCGGAGGAAAGGCGCGACUCUUUUGUUGCGUGAUACUGCCACCGGGAUCGAUGACCUGCACUGCUGGUAUAGGGCAGGAGACUUCUUCCAAGUCAACCGUCGUGUUCUGCCUCUACUGGCAACACUGCGGUACAUCUUUGAUGCGUGUUCCCCUUCGCCCCUCCAGGUUGCCCACGUCAGGGAACAACUCCGCGAUUUGGAUGUCUCGACACGUCCUCGUCUCCGUCGUCGCCUCCUGGACUGUUACUGCGGCGUCGGACUUUUCGCCUUGGCGUGCCACGACGAAUUCGACGAAGUUGUGGGUUUCGACGUGAGCCCAUCAAGCAUAGAACUGGCAAAACAUAAUGCGCAGUUCAACUCCAAGUGGAGGGCGCGUUUCGAGGUCAGCGACGCGAAGACUUUUUUCGAGUCCUUUGGCGCAAGGCACUCGUCAGCAAGUAGCCGUUUAUUUGUUGUUCUUGACCCUCCAAGAAAAGGUUGUGACGCGGAGUUCCUCCAGAGCUUGCUCAAGCUAAAACCCGAACGAAUCGUCUACAUAUCUUGCCACCCCGCGACGCAGGCGAGAGACCUGAAAGCUUUUCUGUCCCUCUACGCCGUCAAAAACGUUCAGCCUUUCGACAUGUUUCCUCACUCACGACACAUUGAAUGCGUCAUCACCUUGGAGCGCACUGCCAGUGAACAAGCCCACGGCUGGCCACUUCCAUCUACAAAGUUGGGCAAGGCGGGAAACGCAGGAGGCUUCCCUGGCAAGACGGGUAAAGGGCCCAUGCGCACAUGA